CGUUUUUCAUGCUCGUUAUCUUCUUUUUCUUCGUAAAUUCUCGGGCACAAUGGCAACUCGACUAAAACAGUUCCUCAGAACCAAGGAAAACAAAGACUACUUUAUGAGUACGAAUUUUUGGGGGCCACUUUGCAAUUGGUCCAUUCCAAUUGCUGCCAUUUAUGAUACGCAAAAAGAUCCUACAACCAUCAGUGGAAAAAUGACCUUAGCCCUUACGUUUUAUUCGAUGGCUUUUCUAAGAUUUUCCGUUAGAGUACAGCCCAAGAAUAUGCUGCUUUUUGCUUGUCACGUUGUCAAUUUAAGCGCCCAGCUCACACAAGGAUACCGGUAUCUCAAAUAUCAAAAUUCUUUAAAACAUUUGCAGAAUAUAUAAUUCAGUCAAUAAU